UAUAAAACGCUCUUCCGCUGUUCCAUUGCCUCCGGUUUUCCCAUGUCUCUGUCUUCCCUCUUCUUCCGACGCUGAUUUCUCCUUCAAAAUGUUGAAGGGAAGCGCCGGCGUACCCUUCUCUGUCGUCUUCUCUGACGGUGAAAACACGGUCGACGUCGGCGAAGUCAUGGUGGACUCCUCUAUGAAUUUCAAGAGUUUCCAGUCGGAUCUCGCCCAAAAGAUUGGAGUCUCUCCGCACCAGUUAUCCGUUUUUCUCGGAAGCCCCGAGAGCAAUCGGAAAAUUCCUAUAACACGCAAGGUCAAUUUUGCCGCCAUAACGCGCGAGAGAGGCGGAUUCUUCUUCGUGAAGCGACGGCCCAGGAGGCAUAAGACGCACAAAGAAUCUCGAAAUGAGGAACAAACGGGCAACAAGAAGACCCCUCCGGCGAAUGUGAAGCUUCUGAAGCGAAACACAGGUAUCGACUUCUUCCCGGCUCUACCUGGGUUCCAAACUCCAAUUCUUGAUCGUAUCGAGUACGGAAAUCGGGUGAGGAAUUUACAGAUUGAAAAGGAGCGGUAUCUGAUGAACAUGGGACUCGGCGGUUUGUGCCUGGGGAAGGAAUCGAAUGGCGACGGCAACAGGAAUGCGAAAGGCGCUGAAUUAGUUUGCAAGGUAUGUUCUGUCGGGAAUGCAUCGGGCCGCGAUUUGGGUUUCCAUUGGUGUGUGCACGACGCAGUCACAGAAGGGUUUAGGUCUCCGGCGGGUCCGAUUGCCCGACCCGUGAAGAACUUCGGCUAGAGGGAGCGGCAGUGACGGAUGCCCUGUGAUUGGUAAUAGGACAAAGGAUAACAGGAGAAACGGAAACGUUAGUGAUAGCAUAGUUUUUGCGAGUGAUUAAUGAGGAUUAGAUGAUAACAGAUAAAGUUUAUAUAUAUAUAUACAUACACACCUAUACCAUUAAGAGCUAGAAAAUAGGUGAUGGUGGCCUCUGAUAUGAGAAAGGGUGUAUUGGCUUUUUGGAUACAUUGCGAGUUUACGAAAGUGAGAGACAGGGAGGCAUAUGGGCUGCUUUCCCAUGGUGUUGUUAUGUUGCAUCUUAGAAACAAGAUUAAGACUGCAACUUGAAUGAUGGGGACAUUUGUAGGGCCUUUUCAGUUAUGGCUUUUGGGAAUUGCUUUGCGCCAUGUUGGGUUGUUCCUCCUUUCUUUUUUAAUUACAAGCAUUGCUUUUGAUCUUCUUUCAUAAUCUGUUUCUCCAUUCUUCGUCUUUCUUGCGUACCACGAUUCACACCUUAGUUGGGAACCUUUGCCCGCGGUCUCCCUUUUCUGAUCGACUCUGUCAUUAUUCGCUCGCACUUUCGUAUAUAACCACCGUGCCUAUUGUCAUUGCUAGUUGUUGCUGUGAGCGUCUUUUCUUGUGCUCCUUUGUCUUUCACUUUCUGCGUGUCUUUUCUUUAUUCGAAGUCUCUGUAUUAAUUAUAUAAAAAAAAUUAUGUACAGAGGGCUGGUUGUUGCCUUCAUAUAAGUUCGUUUAAUUUUAGAUUAGUGGAAUUGUAUUUGAAAAGAAUGAAAAAAUCUCUGCCUGAUGCCCUUACCUU